CUUCUUCAAGCAAUCCAGGCAAAAUGCUUGAAGUGUCAGUGCCGUCAAUUGACCGUCCUUUCGGUGUCUACCUCUGGCCCCUUUUCGAUGCCGCAUGGGAGAAGGUUAUGGGCUACCCUGCCCAUGACUUCGAUUUCGUCCCCGGAAAGACUCCUAUGUCUACCGUUCGGGAGGUCGUUGCUGCUCUCGUCACCUACUACAUCGUCAUCUUCGGCGGUCGCGCUAUCAUGAAGAACUUCUCCCCCUUGAAGCUCAACUUCUUCUUCCAAGUUCACAACGUCUUACUCACCCUCUUGUCUCUCGGGCUUUUGCUCCUCUUGGUUGAGCAGAUCCUCCCUAUCAUCGUCCGUCACGGUGUUUUCUACUCUAUCUGCUCUCACGGUGCCUGGACCCAGCCCAUCGUCACUUUGUACUACCUCAAUUACCUCACCAAAUACAUUGAGCUCAUCGACACCGUUUUCCUCUUCUUGAAGAAGAAGCCCCUCAACUUCCUUCACUAUUACCACCACGGAGCCACCGCCCUCCUCUGCUACUCCCAGCUCGUCGGCCACACCUCCGUUUCCUACGUCCCCAUCGUCCUCAACCUUACUGUCCAUGUUCUCAUGUACUGGUACUACUUCCUUUCCGCACGUGGAAUCCGCGUUUGGUGGAAGGAGUGGGUCACCCGUACUCAGAUCAUCCAGUUCGUUUUGGACUUGGGUUUCGUCUACUUCGCCUCUUACACUUACUUCGCUUUCCACUACUUCCCCUCCCUUCCCAACAAAGGUUCUUGCGCUGGUGAGGAGUUCGCUGCUCUCUUCGGUUGCGGUCUCUUGACCUCCUACUUGUUCCUCUUCAUUGCUUUCUACGCUGCUACCUACAAGAAGGCCGGAAAGAAGGUCGCCAACCGCAAGGUUUCGAACGGCUCCAUCGCCAUCGACCCCAAGUUCACCUCCGAGGACUUGAAGUCCCUCAAGGUCAACGGGGAGUCCACCGGCGCCAAGGUCGCCGCCAACUCUCCUCGCUCUCGCAAGGUUUAAAUUCAGAAUAUGAACUAUUUCAACAUAGAUUUUGUUCAGACAAGUUGGGAGGGUGCGGGAAGAAGAUAUGGACGGUAAAAAAAGGACAUCAAAAAAAUACACUUGGCGGUGUUCGGCUUUGCAU